CUCCGACUCUGCGCCAUGCCUGGGCGCACUUUGGUCGCCCAUGUUGUGUUGGAAAUCCUGGAGAUUGGAGGCUUGAACGGCUCAGAAAUCGUUGUGCUUGUCAGCGCUUUGGGCGAGGUGCAGUCUGCAAAAAGUGCAGCGCACUCUUUGCCUGUGUCGUUCGUGUCAUUCUCCUUCCGAUCGAGCUUUGAUGCGCACUGGCCCUUUGAAACAUCGCUGCGACCCUUUCUUAUGGCGGAGCCGUUGCAGAUCCGGCUUCUGAAGUCAAACCGUCAGGUAGCUGAAUUCCAACUCAGACCAUUUUCCUGGUUGAGACAGUCUCGAAGUUGCGGUGCUCACCAUGGUACCAUCUGUCUCCAAAAGGGCAAUGACAACAAUGAGAAUGGCAAUGACAUCUGGAUCCGUCUACAAGUGGACGCUGGUUUGGCGGAAGAUCCGAAUUGGUUUGGAUCUGUUCAGACAGAAGGCCCAGUGAAAGUUCCCGAGAAGGGCGAGAUCAUCCGUAUCCCUGACGGCCCUGACAAUGAGGAUCAGACUGAUCAGACCGUGAGGUUUGAUUCGGAGUGCGAUUCUUUACGCAGUCUGCUACGCCAGGCAUUUUUCGAUGGCAAACAGCCUGCGGACAUGGCACGAGAAGAGUGAUAUCCUGAAGCACUCUUACUCGGGAUAUCUUAUGUGCCUGGUGCUUGUAGGUCACAGCUUGCAUCCUGCAUGACAU